AUGAAAAACCUGUACACUGAUAGCGACCAGAUCAAGUGGUACCGCGUUGGCUGUGCACACUCACUCAGUUUGAAGGAAGUGCUGCUUCUCGCGCAUCGAUGCACCAACACCAAUUGCCCUGCCCGUUUCUCACGUGAGACCAUCUACCCGUACAUGCCGCUUAUUCCGCGUUUGAGAAACAUGUUCGCGGAUGAAAAUCAAGUCAAGGGCCUCGUCGACAGGUUCGGCAUCGACUUCAGCGAUCCGCAACAAGUUCAAAGAGCCUUGACCGACGAUUGGCCGUCAAUCAUCACCAGGCACAACGACAAGCUUGACUCAUUGCGCAGCUUCAGCCACCCGCUGGAAGGGCUGCAUUUCCGUACACCAAGUCGUCGCACGUUCCUGUCAGAGUCUCCUUGGAACAUCAGCCUUGCUUUCUUCUAUGACGGAUUUGACCCAUAUUACACCUCUUCCGCCAAGAUGCAUGUCUUGUGUUUCAGGCCCCUCAACAUGAACACAGCAAUAGCACAUCGAUUCAUCUGGCCUGUCUCUUUUCUGCAGGGGAAGGAGCCGAAAAGUCUAAUGCCAUAUUCAAGGCCCAUGCUGCAAGAGCUCAAGACGCUCUCUAAGGAUGGGGUGGUUGUUUACAACGCAUUGCUCCAAAGGGACGUGAUUGUGAAGGCUGAGCUGCACCUACUCACGGCUGACAGUCCAGCGCGAGCCAAAGUGCUGUCACUCGUGGCUCCCACUGCCUACAACGGUUGCUGCUAUUGCCCAAUGUCGGCCCUUGCCUGCAACUGCCGGAAGCACCGCGACUGGUCAAAAGCUGCAGCUUCCGACCGCACCCACUUGUCAGCAAACCAGUUCACCAAUUUCAACUAUUCUUUCGUGGGAAAGCUGCCCUACAUUACGCCUCCCAACACAUGCUCCAUCGAGACCAGCUUUUGCUCGCUUGACACAUUGCACAGCUUUAUGCUCUGCAGUGGCAAGCGUUUACUCAGCCUGACUCUAGAAUCGAUGAAACCCUUCGUUCACACGGGCAAAGGAUCCGUGCUUAGGAACAAGAGGGCUGCGCUGCUUGGCAACGACACGGUCAAGAUUCUUGAAGUAGACCUGCGCUUGGCCAUCACUGUAUGGCCUGCCUUUGUCAUGCGAAAGCCUCGACUUUGCUCUGCACACCACAAGUCGUACACUGCCGAGGAGAUGCUCAAUUUUGUCCUGGUCUGCGGCAAGCACAUCUUCCUGGGUUUGGUGGAUGAGAGAAAGCAAGCUAUCUGGUGGAACUUUUCAGAAAUGACGCGGAUCGCCAUGUCCAAGGUGGUUAAGGUCGACCCCACGACGCUUGACUCGCUCAACAAACUGACUUCCAAUACCAUCGGAAUCAUCAGUGAGACGUUUGGGAACUGCAACGUGCCCAUCACUACCCACCAUCUGUCUCAUCUUGCCCGGGCUUGCCAGCAACAUGGCCCGCCUGCACAUGUCUCGACAUUUCCGUUCGAGCGCGCGAUCAACCAAUACGGCCGCCUUAUCCGCCCCGGUACUCACGACGAAAUUGUUCCCAGACUGGUGGCCAGAAUCGCACUGCAGGUCAACCCUGUGGUUUCCUACGCUCCAGGUCGCAAGUUUGGGGUGCUGACGCGCUUGCGUGUCCCUGAAGAAACGAUGGAAGCCGUCGUGGCGAAGCUGGCCAAUCACGAGCACGACGCUCCUUCUGGCUCGGUCUACACGGAAGCCUCGGUCUCCAAGCGGAUGGCGGAAUUCAAGGAGAAGGCUCAAGCGUUCCAGACACUGACCAUGUCUGUGUGGGGAUCGCGACCCGUUUCGCUCGCCAAGGUAUCCGAAGCAACAGUUCUUCAGUUUGGGGACGUGGUUGUCAAGCCAGCCAGGUUUUGGCGUAUCGACCAAUCAAUCUGGGUUGAGGUUGCAAGUUACUACCGUCCAUCCGAACAUGUGUACGGCAAGAACCCACUGUACCAGCCACUCCGCCCUCGCUUCGGACACGAGAUCGUAGCUCUCGACAGCUUUACAUGCAGCGGGUACUGUCACGAAUUGACCAACAGCCAGUUCAAGCAAGUGAACGAGCAGUACAAUGCCAAUCGACGGCUAAAGAAGGUGAUCCAACAGCAGAGUUUGCAGCGCGUGAACGAAGCGGACCAGGUCGACGAGCGUGCUCGAUCUUGUCCGCAAAACGACCCAAACCCUCCAACUAAACCGCAAUUCAUCAUGAUUCUGUGGCAUUUGAAUAUGCGUGAUUUGUGUUAA